UGUCUUGCUCGAUCUAUCUAAACGGUCUAUAGUGUAUAAAAGUAAUUACAUUAUCAGACAGAAAUAUUUAUUAUUAAUAUUAAUCAAUGAUGGACCAGCUCAUAACAUUUUGUUUUAAAAGUAAUUGUUUUUAUCAUAUUUCUUUUUCAAAAAGCGUAUUUAAUGAUUUUUGUCCUUCACGAGAUCUCAUCUCCGACAACCCCGCCCCCUUUUCAUUUGUACUUUACCCCCCAUUGGUUGAUAGAGCCGUCACUGAAGGGAACCCGGAAGCAGCGUGUCGCACGGGCACAGUUCACUUUCACACGUAACGUCAUGAAAAUAAUAAUAAGAAGAAACACACUUUUAUAAAACUUAUUAACAACAUGAACUGAACAAGACUGACACGUUAGCACCGUGUAGCUCAGGCGUUAGCACCGGGACGACUCCGCUCGGUGUGUGGAUCCGGUCCAAUGGCAUCUCUGCUGGGCCUCAGGCGGCUCUCCGCCUCCUGGUGGACUGCGUGAAGAAGACUCCGGUGUCUCGCAGAGCAACUCUGAAGCUGGAGCCGGAGGACGACGUGUCCGUGCUGAAGGAUUCCUGUGUCCAGUCGGGGGCAGCCUGAGGACGACUCUGAAGAGAAGAUGCUGACGAUGACGUCGGGUCAGGAGGAGUGCUGCUCCGGCGUCAAGGCGGAGAUCUGUUUAUUCAAAGAAGAAGAGGCGUCGGAGUGCGAUGACGGAGAACUCCAGCGACGUCACGCGGGGGCGACUGGGACGCCGUCACAGGACGACAAACUCCCCGAGUCGCUCGGAUCAGACUCGCUGACGGGCGGCAUGAGGACGUCACGCCGCCAGAGCGGCUGAGCCCGGAGAGAAGAACCUGAGGGAAAGUGCGUCCACACCCCGAUCGCACCGCUGCGAGCGUUGUGGGAAACCCUUUGUGAGGAGGUACAACGUCAUCCGACACCAGAGGCAUCACUGCAGCGUCUCGGCGUCGAAGCAGACGCAGCCGGACACGUUUUCAAGCAGCGGCCGCAGCCGGUCGUUUCGGACCAGGCGCCACUUGAGGCUUCAUUCGCGCGUUCACAAAGAAAACCACCGGGGGGAAGUGCCGUCGGAGGCGCCGCGAGAAAGACGCCGCGCCUGCACGCGGUGUGAGAAGAGCUUCUACCUGUCGCACACCCUGCGGCAGCACCUGCUCACCCACACCGGAGAGAAGUCCUUCAGCAGGGAAGGCACCCUGAAGCAGCACCGGCUGGUGCACACCCGCGAGAAGACCUUCAUGUGCGAGCACUGCGGCAAGACCUGCGCCCGUAGGGGGGACCUCAAAACCCACCUGCUCAGUCACUCCGAGGAGAGGCCGUUCCGCUGCAGCUAUUGCGAGAAAACCUUCGAGCAGGCGUCCAAGCGGAAGCGGCACGAGCGCCUCCACACAGGCGAGAGACCGUACCAGUGCCCGUCGUGUCCGAAGCGCUUCAGGAUUCACGUGUCGCUGGCGGCGCACCAGCUCACCCACACGGGCGAGAGGCCCUUCAAGUGCACCGUGUGCCCGAAGGCCUUCGGCGACAAGAACAACCUGAAGAAGCACCAGAUGAUUCACACCGGGGAGAAACCGUACAGCUGCUCGCACUGCGGCAAGAGCUGCCGCCUCCUGCAGCACCUGAUCAGCCACCAGCGCAGCCACACGGGCGAGAAGCCGUACGCGUGCGAUUCGUGCGGCAAAGGCUUCGCCCAGCUCUCCACUCUGAAGACGCACCGGUCCGUCCACGCCGAGAGGACGCUGCGCUGCUCCCUGUGUGGGCAGCAGUACCCGGACCGGGCGGCGCUCACCGACCACGAGUGCAGGGAGACGUCGGAGAAGCCGCACCGAUGCCCGCAGUGCGGCAAGUGCUUCGGCCAGGCAGUGAACCUCAGGAAGCACCGGCUGAUCCACUCUGGCGAGAAGCCGCAAGCGCUUCAACCACAAGGGCAAUCUGACAAAGCACUGCGCAUCCACACGGACGAGAGGCCGUUCAAGUGUGAACGCUGCGAGCGAAGCUUCAGACUCCUGCAGCAUCUCACCAGCCACAAGGCCACGCACAACAAGAAGGACGCAGAGAGUCGAGGACUCUGAUCCGUAAACGGGAAGUUCGUCCAUCUUGUCCAUGUGGGAGACCCUAAACACCGUGCUCCUGGGUUUUAAGCUUUGAGAUCGUUUUUUUGUCUUCACACUUGGUGGGGAAAUGAUUCCAACACGAAUGGUCCACGUGAAAAUUGUGGUUUGGAGAUCUACGGAUUAAUGGCGGCGCCCGUAUGUGAGAGAUUUGAGCUAUGGGGGGAAGAGGAGAAAGAUAUUUCACUACGGUUGAAAAGGUGCAAAUGUCAUCUGAUGGAACAAAAUCUAUUGUUU